AUGUCAUCACAUCGUCACAAUACUGUGCCAUCAGUCGCGCGAGUCUACACGGACGCAUUAGCAUCAAAACCACAAGAGUAUUGGGAUUAUGAUGACAUUAACAUCAAGUGGAAUCUGCAGGAGAACUAUGAAAUUAUCAAGAAACUCGGAAGAGGAAAGUAUUCUGAAGUUUUCUUGGGAAUCGAUUUAGCUAAGGGGGAGAAAGUUGUCAUCAAGGUAUUGAAACCUGUGAAACGUAAGAAGAUUAAGCGUGAAAUAUCCAUUUUGAAGAACCUUGUUGGAGGGCCAAAUAUCGUGUCAUUGUUGGACGUGGUGAGAGAACCUCAGUCUAAGACUCCGGCCUUAGUGUUUGAACAUAUCAACAAUGUUGAUUUCAGAACACUUUACCCUACUUUCACUGACCAUGAAAUCAGAUUUUAUAUGUAUCAGCUUUUAAUUGGUCUCGACUAUAGUCACAGCAUGGGUAUCAUGCAUCGUGAUGUGAAACCUCAUAAUGUGAUGAUUGAUCACAACAAGAAACUAUUAAGACUUAUUGACUGGGGUUUGGCAGAAUUUUAUCAUCCUGGUACUGAUUAUAAUGUUAGAGUUGCUAGUCGUUAUUUCAAAGGUCCAGAAUUGCUCGUUGACUAUAGGAUGUAUGAUUAUUCCUUAGAUUUGUGGUCAUUUGGAUGUAUGUUAGCAUCAAUGGUAUUUAUGAAGGAGCCUUUCUUCCAUGGUAAGUCAAACACAGACCAGUUGGUCCAAAUUGUCAGAGUUUUGGGAUCUGAUGAUUUCAACAAGUACCUCGAGAAGUACAAGAUUAACUUGGGUGAGGAAUUUGAAGACAUGGGAUAUUACAACAGAAGACCAUGGAAGAGAUUUGUUAAUGAACAGAAUAAACACUUGGUAUCUGAUGAGUUUUUAGAUUUGAUCGACAAGUUGUUGAGAUAUGAUCACCAAGAAAGAUUGACUGCUAAAGAAGCCAUGGCUCAUCCAUAUUUCGAGCUAGUUAGACAAUCUUAG